GUAUAAUUGUGGGACACCUUAAUAAGAAAUGUUAUGUGAGGAAGAUUUCCUCGCAUAGAGAAGAACCAUCGUCUCAAGGUUCGCAUAAGACCAGUUCAUUCAGUCUCAGUUCCAUCGUGAUUGGACGAGGUGCUCCCACCCGCGAGUUGAUUGAAUCGUACGUUAAAAGUGCAUCAAGCAAGGUUGAGCCCAAGUGCUGUGACAUAACCUCCUGUGGGAACAUCACCUCAAGGCACCCAAUUCCCUCAAUACUUAUUUGGAAGUAAAAAUUCCAAAAUAAACCCCCUCCGGAAGUUUCUGCGGUGAAAAGGCAUUUCUUCCGCGAGCGAAGGAGUUUUUGAGGAGAAAGUUUUUGCGCGAAAAAAAGAGAAAGUGCCUGAGGAGAGAAAUAAAAAAAGAAACUUCCCACAUUUACUUUUUAUUUAAUCACAUCGCGCGACUUACGGAGACAGCUGAGACAUGGUGUGGCCAGAGAAUGUGGGUAUACUGGGGAUUGAUUUAAUCUUCCCAUCACAGUAUGUGGAUCAAACGGAACUCGAGGUUUUUGAUGGGGUCUCAGCGGGGAAGUACACCGUGGGUUUGGGGCAGAAGAAGAUGGGAUUCUGCACGGAUCGCGAGGAUAUCAAUUCCAUGUGCUUGACAGUGACCAGUAGUCUGUUGGAGAAGUAUAAAAUACCACCGGCACGAAUUGGACGUCUCGACGUUGGGACGGAGACAAUCAUUGAUAAGUCCAAGAGUAUCAAGAGUGUCCUCAUGCAGCUCUUCACGCCGCAUGGGGUGACAGAUCUCGAGGGUUUGGACACAACUAAUGCCUGCUACGGUGGUACAGCAGCUCUCUUCAAUGCCAUCAACUGGGUGGAAUCAAGCAGCUGGAAUGGGCGCCUUGCUCUCGUGGUCUGUGGGGACAUUGCCAUCUACGCUAAGGGAGCUGCUCGUCCAACCGGAGGAGCUGGAGCUGUGGCAAUGCUGGUAGGGCCCAAUGCACCCCUUGUCUUCGAUCGUGGUCUCCGUGCCACCUACAUGAAGCACACCUGGGAUUUCUACAAGCCCGAUCUCACGUCAGAGUACCCAACAGUUGAUGGGAAGCUCUCCAUCCAGUGCUACCUAAAUGCCCUGGACAAUUGCUAUCAGCUGUACUGUGAGAAAGCACGUGCUCUAUCCCCCACUUCGCCCGUCGUGGGCCUCGAUACAUUCGAUUCCGUGAUCUUUCACACACCCUUCUGCAAAUUGGUUCAAAAAUCCCUGGCCAGGAUUGGUGUGAAUGACUACUUCAUGACACCCCCCUCCAAACGUCCUGCCCGCUUCCCGGGCUUUGAGAAAUUCGAUCAACUCGCCCUGGAGGACACGUACUUCGAUAAGGACGUGGAGAAAGCCUUUAUGACCUACUACGAUGAGGUGUACAAGGCCAAGACCGCUAAAUCUCUCCUAGUCGCCAGUCAGUUGGGCAACAUGUACACUGCAUCCCUGUACAGUAGUCUUGUCUCUCUGCUCAUCACUCAUAGUUGUGAAGAAUUGAUGGGAAGGAAGGUAGCUCUCUUUUCCUAUGGAUCUGGCUUAGCAUCCUCCCUGUACUCCCUCACAAUCACAAAGGAUGCCACGGCUCUUGGGUCCAUUAUGGAUAAUUUGAAAAAUAUUGCGCCGAAUCUGGAGAAGCGUCACAAGUUGACUCCUGAGCAGUUCUGCGCUGUGCUGGAGACGCGUGAGCAGAACUGCCACAAGGCACCACUGGAACCAUCUGGUGGCAUUGAUGGUUUGUUCCCGGGCACGUAUUACCUCAAAAACAUCGAUCAUAUGCACCGGAGGCAGUAUGAUCGUGUGCCAAAGUAGCAUCCACAUCAUGUUGCAUCCUUCCCAGCCCCUCCCAUGUUAUCCCUUUCGCCCCCCAAACAAAAGACAAUCCGGACAAAAGAGAUGCCCGCAAUUCGCGGGUAUCUUCAGUAUUUGUUUAUAAAGUGCAAUUGACUUUGUUUUCUCCCUUUUUAAUAUUUAUAAUUUAUUCCUCCAUCACUGACUUAAGAUUCACCUUUUGAAUCAUCCUGGCUCUCAGAGAGCCUCUACCUAUUUACUUACAUGCUAUCGGAUUGUAUGUAAAAUGCAUCAUUUUAUUUAAAUAACAUCUUUUUCCUUUUAAAAAAAUCAUGCAGUGUUUCUCAGAAAAAAAAUCAAUUUUUAUUGGUAUGGGUUUCUUGCCUAUCAAUAACACGCGGUUAAGGUUAAUGUGUUGGAGGUUUUCUUAAACCGGUUCUAGGUUGUAGGUUAACCAAAAAAAAAACUUUGAAAAAAAUGAUAUUUUAGGAUGUUAAUCAAAAAAGGAAAUCAGGGAUAUCUAAGACUUUGAAUGCAAGGAAUUUUACUUAUGUGCAUUUGAAAGGAAAUCUUGUAAAAUUGUAAAGAAAUCGGUUAAGGUUUAAAUUGCUUAAACCAAGUUUAAUAUUGUGAUUAAAAACUCUGCAAAAAUUUUAAAACAUUCCUUUUCUUAAUAAACGGAAGUUUUUCUUUUCAUUUGUCUUCAAUUUCUGUUUUUUUUUUCAUAAAAAAUUUCAAAUUAUAACCAGUUUGUGUUCUUUCGUUUUUGGUUUUAGAAAUUGUUUUCUGUGAAUAAUAAAAGAGAAUUCUAUCAGUUUUGUGGAAAUUAUCCAUGGAAUUGUAGGACAUUUCUUGAAUAUUCUACUGGAGAAAUCCUUCAAAACUCCGUAGUUUUUUCCAUGAUAUAUCAAUUUAUUAAAUGAAUUAAGAAAUAAACAUUUAAUAAAAAUAAAAAUUAAUUAUUUGCCUCACUACCGCCUCUCGUGGCAAUCUUUCAAAUUAAAGAGUAAAUCAAAAAAAUUCUACCAAAUAUUUACAUAUCAAUCUCUUUUAUUCUCUUGGAAGAUUGAAAUGAACUUUUUAUCAACUAAAAUGAGUCUCUCACUGUUUUAAUUUUCUCAAGAGAACCAUUAUUGUGUAGAAAGCUUUUCCCCUAUCACCUAUUUAUUCUAAUAAAUUCAACUUUCCCCCGAUAAAAUGAAGAGCAUUCAGAGCAAUUCAAUGCGGAAUUGCAUAAGAGAAAUGGAUUUUUUAUCAUCUUGUUUUGAUUUUUAUUAUACAAGGAAAUACCAAAUGAUUCCCCUCUUCGGCCCCCCACGGGCUCACCUGCACUGCUGUGGGGCCCCACAUGAUGCAAUCGUCUGUGCAAUGGGAUGUGAAAUGUGUGCGAGUUUGAGAAACACUGCGCGUCGUGCGAAGAAAGUUCAAUUUAUUGUAAUUUGUUUUAUUAUCUUCUCGGAAGAAACAAGAAACCUUGAGCGAUGGCAAUGAAAGAAAAAUCCAUUGGAUGCAAAUUUCUUCCAACGCGGUUGUGAGAGAUAAAAUGUCGCGCAAGUUGCAAAAAGUGAAAUUUUUUUUUACUUUCAAUAUUUUUUUUCUCUUUCUUCAAUGCGCAUUUGGGGCGACAGAGAGAGAAAGAGAGGGGACCUCAUCCGUAGAAGGGGGUCCAUCGUACAGAGAAGAUCUUUCAGAGCGCGACAAUGAGGCAUUUUUCUGCUUUUUUUUUGAAAGACUUUUUUCUUAAAGAAAAAGAGAGAAAAAAAUAUUCAAAGAAGGUGCUUUGUAGUUUAGUGGGUGAUUUUGCGCGCCUUUUGCACAACUUCUCUUUUCUUUUGUUGUUUUCGUGCCUCUGGCAUAACACAAAAGACGAUCGCGUCUGUUAUUCACACUUUGUGCGCAUUUUUCUUUUGGGAAAGUGUUAUGAAAAAAAAAACGGCACAAAAAGAGGAAAUAAAAUCCAUACUUUUAGUUACACAUUUCUUCAUAUUUUUUUUUUAUUAACUAUUAUAUGAUUUUAUAAUCACCCAUUUUCACUUCAUUCAAGUGAAAUUUCUCUCCGAAAAAGAUUGCAUUUUUUUACAUGGAAGAAAUUUUCUUUUUCUUCUGGCAACAUCACGAGAUCAAUAAAGAUUAAUGAGGAAUAAAAAAAUCGUGACAAUAACUAGCGAUAGAUUUCUUUUUAUAAGAAGAAAAUCGAUAAAAUAUUUCAAAAAUUUAUUCGGCAAAUGGGACCUAAAUAAUUAAUUUUUCUUUCGAUUGUUAUUCCUUUUUUGUAGUCUAUUAUAUUAUAUAUUUUUAUUUAAUAAGAAAAAAAAUUAAUGAGCAAAAAAUCCAGCAGAAGAGUCUUGGAAAAUUCUUUAUUUAUUUUGUAGUGAGAAGUGGAACGCUUAGCGAAUGUCUAUUUAGAUUUAUUCUUCAAACGUCUCUUAGAGAAUAAAUUAAAAAAAAAAUUAGUGUAUUUGUAUAGAAUGGUUUUUGAGAGAAUCAAUAAACAAUGGUUACGUAAAAA